GGGCAGCUGUUACUGGAGGAUACCCUAACAUCACGCCCUCGACCAAUGAGACGACCGCAAAGGUCAACCAGGGGACGAGAGCGGCCGACUAGACGCCCCCAAAUGCCUGAGAAGAUGAGGUAGAUGAAACUUCUUUGUCUACCGAUCAACUCUGGUUCAAUAUCCGAGAGCAGAGAGACGAGCUCGCCGGCGGCCAAGCUACUCAACAAGAGCUCGACGAACAGCUUCCGUGAGGAGUGGGCCAUCGGCAUAACAGCACGGUACAAGGGCAAGGUUAGUUCCACCAAAUCGGGCGUCGGAUACUCUGUCUUCUCGGGCCCCAAGAAGAUAUAUAAGAACGCUUAUGACACCAGCAUCACCGCCUGGAAUGAAAAGCACAAACAGAAGUUUACAGCCCUCAAGAAGCUCACUCUGCCUUUCGACGAUGGCUGUAGCGAGUGUUUGCGUGUCGAGAAGUCCGGUUCCUACAACGAACACGAGGAGGAUAUCCUGGAGAGAGAUCAGCAGCCAAAACAGCCGCUUCAUACGCCAGCGAGUCCUGCCACGGCCCUGUCCCCUACCGCAAAGCCGUUCGCCCCUGCCACGAGCCCCAAGCAGGAGGGAGACGUAACCCAGAAGAAGCAGAGCAAGACAUCGGCAAGGGAUCCCAUCGUCAGCACGCCACUGAGCUCUACGUACGGUGGCAACACAGCAGCCUCUGCUUCAUCUACCCCGCAGGCCGCCAAGAAGCCUCUGGUCGCCAUGGAGAAGUACAUCGAGUCGACAAGAGGAUACCUGUCAUUCUUCUACAAAGAUAUCGGUCUCGAUCCCAAGAUGCUUGAGCCUUGUGCGCCGCCAUUCGAGGUUGCAGUGUCUGGAAACGCGAAGCAGCAACUCCGGUUCAGGCAGGAAGCGAUCAUGAAGAUUGCACACCGUUGCAUCAAUAAAGAUCUGCGCAUCGCAUGUAUCGACCGUGACGACAAGAGUUCUUGUUGCCCUACCUGACGGAGCAUGUCGACCCGCGAAGUUUCAGCUCAUGGACCGACUAUGUUCUGUUGUGGUAGAAUCUUCAAUUUUUCUUCUCGCACAUGGCGGCGACCGCCAA